UGUAGAGUAGACUCAAAGCUUACGAGGAACAGCAUGUAUUGUGUUGAAUAUACAUUGUUUCAGCCUCUUACAAGUGUAGAUAGUACAGCAUGCUACCAACCAGAUCUGAGAUCAACUGCAGUCUCUCUCUCUCUCUCUCUCUCUCUCUCUCUCAUUCAAACCGUCACUGCUUAGUUAUCAGGGUUUGAGGUAGUGUGUGAAUAUUCUGCAAAUUAAUACAACAGCAGUUGCCAUUUUAAACAGAUGUUGAUGAUGGCAGUGGACUGGGCUGGUUAUGGAUAUGCAGCUCUGGUAGCAUCUGGAGGAGUUAUAGGAUAUGUCAAAGCAGGCAGUGUCCCGUCCCUGGCUGCAGGGCUGCUGUUUGGGAGUUUGGCUGGUUUUGGAGCCUACCAGACAUCACAAGAUCCUAAAAACAUUUGGGUGUCUUUAGCCACAUCAGGGACUCUUGCGGCUAUCAUGGGAAAGAGAUUCUAUAACUCAAAGAAGAUCAUGCCGGCUGGUCUCAUUGCUGGAGUGAGUCUCCUGAUGCUGGCAAAACUUGGAGUCAGAAUGCUACAGAAACCUCAGCAAUCAUGAUACACAAACCUGUGCAAAUCAUUUGCUUUCCUUCAAACAUGUAUAAUUUUCUAGACAUUGACGGAUCAUGAGUAUUUUGUAUAAAAUGUACAAUAAAAACAUAUUUCUGAAUGAUAAUAAGUCUUCACCCAUUUCAUGCUUAUAAAAUACUUACAAAAUA